AGGACUCUCCGCAUUCGAGUGGCCUGUUUGCGGUGUCAGCGUCGAAAAAUACGGUGCGACGGAGCUGUCCCUUCAUGUGGGUCUUGCUCAAAGACAGGUGUUGAAUGUAUCGAUGGAGGAAAUUUGACAUGCCUAUUCAGAUACAUUUUGAGUCUGGAACGUCAGGUCCAAUGGCUUAGGUCUAUCGUUCGGGCCAAUUGCCCAGAUAUUGAUUUGGAGCAAUGGCGGCCGGUUAUGGAUGAAUCUGGUCAGGACAAUUCAGCGACUGAACGCGAAAGUUCCCAAGUCGGCCUGUCACUUGUUAAUCUGAAUCCAACACCAGGGAGUGGCAGCGGUCCUGCACCUUCUGAUCCGUCUGCGUCAAGUCAGAAUGUGCAAUCGAAACAUGACAUCCCAACGAUUCAGCACGAGCAGGACACCGGGCUUGCACAUGAGAUUGGCCUUGUCUCCUCAUGUGCCGGGACAGAUCCCAAGUAUAUCGGCCCUUCAAGCGGCUACUUUUUUGCAAAGUUAGUCCUCGCAUGUGCGCAACGAGGCCAACGAGAUCCACCACCGAAAGAGCUUCAGCAAAACGCAAAAAAUCGUAUCGCUGGUCUACUCCCAAAAGGAGGGUUAUCAAUCCCUCCUACACCAUUGCCACCAGACAUGGACUAUGCUGUUAAGAUAUCGGAAGCAUAUUUUGAAACGAUCCAUCCCCAGUAUCCUUUCCUUCAUCAGCCGUCCCACAUGAGACUUAUUGAGCACGUCUAUGUUGAACCAGAGCCCAAUCCAAUGGCCGCAUUCCAAGUUUAUCUCGUCUUGGGCAUUGGAGCAACAGUCCUCUCCCGACGCCUGAAGAUCCCCCUCUCUGGCGAAGGUUUCUGUGCAAGUGCAAUGAAAUAUUUCGAUAAGUUGUGUAUCCAAAAUUCUCUCAAAGGUCUACAAAGUCUCCUUUUGCUGCUUGUAUACGCACUACAUAGUCCUUCUAUGGGCCUCAAUGUGUGGUAUCUCAAUUAUCAGUGUAUAGCAGCGUUGCUAGAUCUGGGGCUGCAACGAGAUGUGAGAUCUGGGAAGACAAUGUCAGUGCUUGACCAAGAACUGAGAACGCGAGUCUUUUGGGUCAUCUAUAGCCUUGAUAGGUCCGUUGCGACAAUGAUGGGCCGGCCGAUUGGAUUAAGAGAUGAAGCCUGCGAGUUGCGAGUAAGUCAUAUCUUCAGACUCGCGAUCCAUCUCUUCAAGCUUGCACAGCUAAAUUCCGAAAUCAAAUAUGUUCUCCACAGCAUUUCUCAUGAGGUGCCCCCGUAUGCCUACCCAAGCAUUCCCGAUGUGCUCCAGUGGCAAAGAGGAAUCAUAGCGAGACUUCAAGAAUGGCAAACCCAAAUACCCCAAUUUACCGGCGAGCGGGUAUAUAUGACCCAUCUCUGCGAGAUCAAGUAUCACGGCAUCAUGAUGCUUCUUUUACGUCCCAGCCCAGCAAUUCCGAAUCCAUCAGUCAAUUCACUCAAGUCUUGCUACGAGAGCGCCGUUGCAAGUAUACGACUAUAUAACCAGCUUUAUAAGAGGGAUCUCUUGGUUUAUAGUUGGGCGACCGUUCAUUCUGUUUUCCUGAGCACAAUCACCAUGCUUCAUUGCAUCUGGACCGUACCCGAGGUAUCUGCGCAGAUCAAGCUAGAAAUCUUAAUGGCAGAUUUGAAAGCAGGUUCGAAUGUGCUUAGUGCGACAGGCGAACACUGGUCAGAGGCAAAGCGCACAAGGGACAUUUUAGACGAGCUCUCAGGCACUACAAUCCGCUGGAUCAUAGAAUCUAGAGCACGCAAUUUGGAAACCGGAACU